AGCCCACUUUAGUGUUUCCUUUUGUUAUUUUGAAGGGCGCGUGCGGGAAGUGCGGUGCUGUGUGGUGCGUGAUGACGCAGAGUUUGUGCGGAAGAGUGCGAGUCCCGCAGCAGCAGCGGACUCUGCCCCAGACUCUGCCCCGCUCCAGAGCGCGGAAUCCGGGCUCAAACUCCGCGGACUCCGGCUCCUCCACAGGCUCCAGGACACCGGGACCUGCGCUCUGCCCGCGCCGCCGGAAGGAGCGCCAAAGCGGGCCACAGGAGCCGCGAUGCCCUCCCCGCACUCUGAGCACGUCCUCGACCAGUUGGACGCUCAGAGGGAGUGGGGCUUCCUGUGUGACGUCCUUGUGUCCAUCGGGGACACUCAGUUCCGGGCGCACAGGGCAGUGCUUGCCGCGUGCUCCGCCUUCUUCAGGAUGCUCUUCAUUCAAUCAGACUGCAGAGGGCAGCAGAGCGUGGACCUGAGCCACACCGGCUUGAGCGCGCACAGCUUUGACCGAGUACUGCAGUACAUGUACCAGGGGCGAGUCACUACUACAGACAGUCUGGACUUUGAGGACCUGAAGACCUCCAUGCAGCGGCUGCAGAUGUACUACAUCCCCGAGACUCUAGAGGAACUUGGCCGAGUCCAAGGUCCAAACUCUGGCACUACACUCAUGUUCGGGGUCCGGAUGUUCCCCUCAAGACCUGGACCAGAACCCAGACCAGAGACAAGACUGGGACUAGAGACCAGAGCUGGGCUAGAGAGCAGACUGGGACCAGAAACCAGACUGGGACCAGAGACCAGCAGCUCCACAGGGAACAGCCGGCCCAUCUCUGUGGAAGAGCUGCCAGUGCUGAUAGCGCCCCCCGGAGGAGAGGCUGAGCCGUGUGACCUGCGGCGAACGCUGCGUAAAACCUCGGAGCGUCUGAGAGAGCGCCCACGCUUUGGCCGAACCUUCACCUGUGACGACUGCGGCUUCGUCUUCAGCUGUGAGAAACUCCUCAUUGAACACAUUCUCACCUGCACCAACCGCAAGAAUCCACCCCCAGUCACGACCCGGGACCAGACCCGGGACCAGACCCGGGAUCAGGGCCGAGACCAAGGCCGAGACAAGGAUACCGGAGACCGAGAACCGCCGCACCUGUACCACACCGACACAGAGUCUAGCCCAGAGUCCAGUGACAACCGAGUUAAGACUGAGACCGAGGAUUGGACCAGGACUGAACCAGGACCUGCAGUGACUGUGAAGUCAGAACCAGACGAUCCAGAGGCCAGCGGCUCCCAGAAAAGCCACGAACGGAGUCCAGACCAGGACUCUGCCAAAAGGAUCAAACUGGAGCCAGGUUUGGAUCCAGGUCUGGAUCCAGGUCUGGACCCAGGUCUGGACCCAGGUCUCGAUUCAGGUCUAGACCAGGACUUGGAGUCUCGGUGUGAGCUGUGUGGACUGGAGCUGAAGGGUCAGGACCUGUCUGGACACUACCUGUCGGACCAUACCAGUCACAUGUGCGCCUGUGGUAGGUGCGGACAGGUGCUGAUCAAAGGUCGACAGCUGCAGGAACACGCCCAGCGCUGCGCCCAGAACCAGGAUCGGAGCCAAGACCUGAGCCAAGACCUGGGCCAAAACCUAAGCCAAGAUUUGAGCCUAGAUCCUAACCAGACCCAAGAGCACCCAGACAACCCAGAGGAGGAGUCAGAGGAGGAGGACCACGAGGAAGAGGAGAUGGAGGCCUGCCACCUGCUGGAGACAUGUGAGAACGCCAGCGCCUCAUUGGCUGGCCUGGCACCCACUGCAUUCUCAUUAGACGAGCCACGGCGCCGUCACUUCUGUGGUAUCUGUGGGCGUGGUUUCUUCCAACGCUGUCACCUGCGUGAACACUACACCGUCCACACCAAACACAAACAGUUCACCUGUCUCACCUGCGGCAAGGGGUUUCUACGGCAACGCCAGCUGCGUCUGCACCAGGACAUGCACCGAGGGGUGGCGAGGUACGUGUGUCCAGUCUGUGAACAGGGGACUUUUCUGAAACAGGACCAUGUUCGUCAUAUGAUCUCACAUCUGUCCCCAGGGGAAACCAUCUGCCAGGUGUGCUUCCAGAUGUUCCCGGGGACAGAGCAGUUGGAGCAGCACAUGGAGGUGCACCUGUACGUCUGCUCUGUGUGUGGUGACAAGUUCAGACUCCGAAAAGACAUGAGAGCACACUGCAGUACAGUGCACAACAAGAGAGUCUAACCCAACAACUGACCCUACAACCCGACCCUAAAACCCGACCCUACAGCCUGACCCAACAUCCAACCUAACCCAACUAACGACCCAAGAACAAACUCAACAACUGACCCAACAAUCAAGUCAACAACUAACCCAACAACAAGCCCAAUAACCUAACCCAACCCUACAACCGACUCAACAGCCAACCUAACCCAACAACUGACCCAACAACUGACCCAACAACUGACCCAACAACUGACCCAACAACUGACCCAACAACCGACCCAACAACUGACCCAAUAACUGACCCAACAACCGACCCAACAACCAACCCAACAACUGACCCAACCACCAACCCAACAACCAACCAAUCACCACAUCCCAAGAGAGGAGCAAAGCGACCAUGAGAGUCAGCCAGCACAAAUGUAAAUACAGUGCCCUUAAAUCAUAGGAAUGUAACAAUAUCAAUCUCUGUGUUAGUAUAAUAUUUGACCACUAUUUGAUCUGUCAGUGUGAUAUUUACUGUGAUAUUUUGAGGAAGCUAGCAGAGUUGUGAAUAUUCUUCUUUUUCCCUUUUAAAAUGCCAGACCAGCCUUUGGUUCUGUUGUCGAUUUAAAAGUGCUUAAAAGCUCAAGUACAAAAAACAGCAUGUAAUUCCUCUAUUUUUAGUCUUUAAGCAGAGAUGUUUGAUACUUUGGCCCAAGAUAUUAUUCUCACGAUACGAUAUGACCAUGUUUAGGCUAUUGUUACAUCCCUAUUCAAUCUACACCAAAGAGACUAAUGGGCUCGACACACGGGGAGCGACGUCGCUCACUCUCCAUUUAUUUUCAGUGGUACCUGUGCGACAAUGCAAAAAUCGCUCAUCUCUCUCACCUCGGCGACAAGCGAAAGUCGUGCACGUGAAAACCUCACGCUCAUGCAUGUCGAUGUGCACACGCGGGCCUGUGACGCGACUAAUGAAAGUUGAAAAAUUUUCUACUUUUAUCGCUGUCGCCUGCACAAAAGCCAAUCAGCAAGAGUUUGAUUGACGAGCCAAUGCACUGUCCACUUCAGAAACAUCAUGGAGGAGAAAAUUAUACUCACGGUGUCAGAUUUCCCAAUUCUUUUUGACAUAUCUCAAAGAGACUACCGAGAUAUAUCAAAAAAGCAGCUGCCUGGGAACUCGUUGGUGCCAGGGUGAAUAUGAGUGGUAAGUUAACAUGGGCAAAUUUGUUAAUUCAGAUAAAUUUAUGGAGGCUAAUAACCAAAUGUAUUAAAGACUGAUUCAACAUUAAAAAAAUAUAUUUAUUUAAGGUUUUUACAUUAAACAGAAUUAGCUGCAGAAUAGGGUGGUUUGUUUUUAGUUUUGUAGAGUGCAACCAAUUGUAAUAUUUUAGUCAAAUGAAGCAAAACUUCAUUUUUGAGAUUUCAUUUUGGCGUCUUUUUCCCAUCUACCGCUAUUAACCUCAAAAUUCCCUACAAAUAAACAGCCAAUCAGACGUGUAGGAGGCUCUCAAUCUGCUCUGGAACAGAGCGCGAUGUGACAAGCUGCCGCUAGUCGCUGCAGUUUGUCGCUGCCCGUGUGUUCGAUUUUAAAGCCUAUGCGAUGAGUGUCGCUGCACGCUGUCAUUAGUCGCUCCCCGUGUGUCGAGCCCAUAAGACUGAAUCAGGACUAAACCAGGACUAAAUCAGGACUAACAGACCUAAAGCACUAAUCUUUGUUCUCUUGUUGCCGUGACAAUCGUCUGUAAAGUUUUUAUUAAAAUUCUCA